AUGGCGACUCCCCCGAAGAGAGCGCGGAGCUCAGAGUCCCGCAGGAGCCUCAAGAAGAUCUCCAUCGAGGGGAACAUCGCUGCAGGGAAGUCCACGUUUGUGCGUCUACUGCAGAAGUCGUCUGAGGAAUGGGAGGUGAUUCCAGAGCCGAUCGCCAAGUGGUGUAACGUGCAGACUGAGAAGGAGGAUAUAUACGAGGAGCUCAGUUCUUCUCAGAAAAGUGGAGGAAACCUUCUGCACAUGUUGUACAGCAAACCCACACGCUGGAGCUACACUUUCCAGUCGUAUGCCUGUCUGAGCCGGAUCCGUUCCCAGCUUCAGCCUCCAUCGGCAAAACUUCAGGAGUCCGAGAAUCCAGUGCAGUUCUUUGAGAGAUCCGUGUUUUCAGACAGGUACGUGUUUGCAUCCUCUCUCCGUGACUCCGCCUCCAUCACAGACACAGAGUGGUCCGUGUAUCAGGACUGGCACCAGUGGAUCCUGGACCAGUUCAGUCCGGACUUGAACCUGGACGCCAUUGUGUACCUCAGAGCCCAGCCACAGUGCUGUAUGCAGAGGUUGCUGCACCGCGGUCGUGAGGAAGAGCAAGAGAUCCCCCUCGAGUAUUUACAACAAUUGCAUCAAAAACAUGAGUCCUGGCUCUACGACCGAGACCUCAGUCUGGACUUUGAGUACAUGAACCAGAUCCCGGUCCUCGUCCUGGACGUGGACCAGGACUUCAAGAACAACAGUGUACUACAGGGACAACUCCUGGACCAGGUUAAGGAGUUCCUGUCCUCGCUGUAG